AUGGCUCGCCGGAGCUGGCCCGCCUCGGUCCGAACAUUCAGGGCCCUGGCUUCUUCGCCUGUUUCGUGGGAGAUGGUGAUUUUUCUUCUCCUCCAUUGUCUGGAUAUCUCACCAUCUCGCAGUUCUCGACUGCGCGGUUGUUUUGUAGCUCACAAUGGUUGCUUAUCUCGAUGCCAGACUGGGAAGCCGCAGCAGACCCUCGCUUCUGUUGUGGAGCGGUCGGGCACGGGGCUCCACUCGGGAGUCUCCGCCACCGUUAGGUUACUUCCGGCCAGGGCGGGGGAAGGAAGGUACUUCGCCCUGGCGGGCGACUGGGUGACGAUUCCCGCUACCAUUGACCACGUUGUCGAGUCACAACUUUGUACGACGCUACGCAGGGGAUCUGCUAUAAUUGGUACUGUGGAGCACCUGCUGUCGGCACUCGAGGGCUCUGGCGUCGACAACGUCCGUGUCGAAGUUGAAGGGGGAAAUGAGGUGUUUUUUACUUUCUCGUCUCUUCUUCUAUAUGAAGAUUUAUUCAUUCUAACUUCAUUUGGAAUAUAUUUGAGAAUGACUGCUUUAGAACGAGCGCUUGGACUCAGAAUUGACUCACUUAAGCUGGCAGAAUAUUUUUCAUCGGCCCGUUUUUUGAUCAUCUGCAAGAAGAUUGCUAUGCACUGUAAAAGUAAACCGUGAUAACAAAACCUACGACGUAUUACGUAUGCUAUCUCUCCAAAGAGAGAUAGCUCAUAUAGAAUUAAAUCCUAGCUGUGAUCCGUGAUGUAAACCAUUGUCAUGAUAUUAGAUUUUUCGUGUUGCAUCCAUACGUCUUUAUGUAUCAAUAUCUUUGUCUUCCCUUUCUCUCUCAUUAUCUCUAAAGACACGCAAUUAUCACCCUUCUUCUGUCUCUCUUAUAAGCAUGUGUGAAUGUAUGAUUUUUAAAAGAAACCCAGUAAUCUUUUUUCAAGUUAACUACGUAGGCUAUGUCUCGUCCAACAAUAGGAAUAUGUCAAUAUGUUGCCUGAAGCAGUAAAUCCAUAGAUGUGGCCCAUCGUCGGUCCAUAAAAUAACUUAAGGAUCCAUACAAGACGUUGGUUUUCUAUGACUUACUGUAUCAUUCCCUAGUUUGUACUAGUACUAGUCUUGGGAAGCCCUUGAGUCGGCAUGUUUUGGUUGCUCUCAUGAAUGGAAAAUACUAAGAUGCAUUCAUUAUUGGCUAACAGGUUCCAAUAUUGGAUGGAUCAUCCAGGGAAUGGGUGGAAGCAAUAGAAGAAGCUGGCCUUUGUUCUGCAAAAGACAACACUGGCAUAGAGAUUGCUAAACUGGCACCUGUAGUCCAUGAACCGUUGUAUGUUUGGAGGGAUGAUUCUUUUGUUGCUGCCUUCCCUAAUCCAAAGAUACAAAUGACAUAUGGCAUUAAUUUUUCACAGGUUUGCCCAUCUCCUUUUUAAAAAGUGUGCAGGCUUUUCGCAGUUAUCUUGUAUACUGUUACCUCUAUUCAUUUCAAUUCAAAAUAGACUGAUUUUUGUGUAUCAUGAUCCUAUAGAAUGGGCUAUAUCUUUAAAUACAAAUCUUUUGUUUUGCUGUUGUUUUUUCCUUUUCUGCCUUGCCAGAGCAUUUUGGAUUCAGAUGAAUUUCAAUCUGAACCUUCGUAAAUCUGAUUUGUCUUCUGUUGCGGAAGAUUUUAUCACAAUGGUUUAAAUUUCAAGUUCAUCUCUCCUAGUUAAUGCUCUCACCUACUUGAUAGGAGUCUUCCCUACUUGUCAGUCAACCAUUAAAAUUUUUAUGAAAGUACUCCACCACUGCCCACUAUUUGACAAUGGGAAGGUAUCAUAUCAUUCUAAAGCAUAUGAAACAGUCCUAUUCCUGUCAGAACCUUUGAUAUAAGUGCUUAACCUGCUGUUGCUGAGAAAUAAUCGUAAUUGAUUUAUUGAAGGGUUUAUUACCUCUAUGUGAUACAGUUACACAUAGAGAAUUAACCUUUUUUAGUUUCCUUUGUCGUACUGCAUUGCAUGAUGUGUAGCCUGAUUGCUAGUAUCUUUAUCUUGAUAAUAAUAAUAUAGAAAUGAUGUCUUUAUUCUUUACAGAGGAUGAGUCACAUUAACUGUGCAGUCACCUGAUAAUGCUUUGGCUGCCUAAAGGAAGGCAUAUGCACAAGGGUUGUGCUGUUUUCCUCUAUAUGGAUCUAGUUCAAGUAGAAAUAUGUGACGGUGCAUUUAUUACCAAAAAGCAUCGUGAUGCCUAGUGAUUGGAACAUUUUAAUUCUCGGGAGAAAAUCGCUCUGAUGGAAGUUUAAGCCUCUAUUCUGUGAAAGGUGAAUGAUCUCAUUCUACAUUAUGUUUGUAUCUUCUUAAAACACAAACAAAGUCUUAGGUAAAUUACAUUUGAGAGGAGAUUUUUAUUGUGGUAAUUGUUAAUAGCUAGGAUGCCAUGAAGUCUGGUGAAGGGCUAUUUUUAAGAAUAAACGACGAGGAAAGGGAAGUACGAUUGGAAAGAACUACCAUGGGCGUUAUACCACAAAUGUCUCACGUUUGAUGCAUAUGAGAAUGUUAUGCAUUUAGUUGAGAGUAAUUUAUAGUGAGAAACGGUGGAGGCAACGAAGCACAGUUGGAGAGAAUUGAUGUGGGAUGUCAUACCACUGCAACAUCUCCCAUGCAAUGGAAGAGUGAUUUAUAAAGAGAAACAAUGGUGAAAGGGAUCUACUAUUGAAGUUAAUGUUGUGCGAUUUUUUACUUCUACCAGAAAGGGUGCCAUGUUGUAAUGACUUAUUUGAAGGAGAAACAUGGGGGCAAGGGAAGGACACCAGGAGUGAAUAUUUGGAAUGUUCAUAGACGUUAUUUGGGGAUGUGCAGAACAAAGUUAACAGGUUAUAGGUGUUGUUCUGGGAAUGCAAAGGGACGAAAGUGUGGAAACAAAAAUGGUGUGGGGAUAUGUUUCUGUAGAAUGUUUUGUGAUCACUUCUUGACUGAUGUGGAAUAAGAGGCUGUAAUGACGAAUUCGCUCCCACCUCUAUGGAAGUGAGAUUGCUGUUUUUUCCACACAACACUUCUUGAUAGAGAUGUUUUUCAUUUUUGUCAUCUCGUAAGGAUGCUGAAAGCUAGCACAUUAGAGGAGAGAGAGUUUUGGUGUAGAUCUCAUGAUAAUUUUUUUCCUAUUGAAAUAUUUGGCUUUAGGGCAUCUUUGUGCGAGAUUUUAGGGUCAUCCUAGACAUGGGCACUAGAUGAUCUAUGUUUUUGCGAUGCAAAACAUUGAUCAAUUUGCUUGCUUGACUAUUGCCAUCAAACUUUUGACUAGCUUUUCUCAAUUUAUUGACAACUUGGUUGGGUACUUGGGACCACCUCUUAUGCAGUUGAUGCCACUCACCAUCUUUAGUAAUUUUUCCAGAACUUUCUGUCAUUUCUUGUAUCAAUCAAAUUGUGCUGUCCUGACAAUUUACCAUGGUGAAUCAAAUGUGUUUCUGGUUGCAGGCCCCUGCUAUUGGCUGCCAAUGGUUAUCUUUUUUUCCCACAGAUCAGCACAUUUACUCACAGGAAAUAGCUCCAGCAAGAACAUUUUGUAUUUUGGAAGAGGUAGACCCGGUUACUUCCUAAGACUAUUCAAUAAGUGACUCAAUUUGCAUGCUUUGCCGUUGUACUAUUUUUACCCAAUGUGACAUAUGAAAUAAGUGUUAAAUUGUGUAUACAUGGGCAUUUGAUGAUUAUUCGAUGGAUGUUGUACCUACUACUGAUUCAUCUGUUAGGGUCUGAAAGGGAAUUUACUAGUUUAUCUUAUAACACUAUUCAUGUUGUAACAUGAUUUUUUACUGUUCAAAUUUUUAUGUUUCAUUUUUUCUCUAACUUGGGGUGUUUGGUUGAUUUGAAGAUCAUUUAGGUAUUUUUGACCAUUGGCUGUUAACUAUAGUCUUCAAAGAAGGCAUACUCCACACAUCAUACUCUAGAAAAAGAAAUUAUUUUUUAUUGUUAUCUUUAUAUUCUAUAGUGCGAACUAUGAAGCUUAACAUGCUUAAGAAUAUUGUAUAUUAUGAUUUUGAUAUCAUUAUUAUUUUUUAAAGUGUUGUGCUAAUAUCUUGUAAUGAAUAAAAUAAUGCAUAUGAAGAAUGAGUUAGAUUUAUACAUCGUUUCACUUUUAUUAUAAAUGAUAUAGGUAAUAAAUAUAACAACAAGUUGUAUGCAUGAAAUAGAUUGAGGCCCACUUGGUUAAUGAACUAAUCUCAUUUAACAAUGAUCUUCAACUCGUUUCAUAGUAUCCAAUUUGUCCAACAGAUUGUACUUCCAUUUUGAAUUUACUCACAAAAUCUAUGCCCACUUUCAUUUAUCCAGUAAGUAUCGUCUACCUUUGGAUCCUCUCCAAUGAAUGUUUGGCUGAACUUUUGGAAUCAUCCGAUGGAUAUUUGGUUCAGGUGUCACAGAUGCCCAAUAGACCCUUGGCCCAAAGGUUGGAUCUGUUCAGUGGAUAUUUGAUCCAACGAGUGUUUGAUCCUCUGUUAAACUUGCCUAGUGGGUAUUUUCCUGCGUUGGAUUAACUCAAUGGUAUCUAAACCAUGGUGAAAUCAUCUAAUGAAUUUUCUUCUAUGAUAAAUCUCUUUUCAUCUCUUCAAAUUGUCUCUCCUCUUAAAUUUUCUGAGCCCCAUUGUAGGAGGGAGAGCUCAAUUUAUAAAGCUACUAAGGGAGACCCCUUGAGCCAGUGAAAAUGCGGCCUCUGUGGAAUGGGGCCUCAUGUUGUUUUUCUUCCACUUUCUGGAAGAGCGUAAGCACCUAUUUUGCUUCCCACAUGGCUUCUCAUUUUGUCUGAAGGACUCUUUCAAUUCUUCACCUCGGGCAUGCUUUUAAGCCUUUGAAUUCUGAGCCUGGUUUUUGAACGUCAGUCAACCCUGUUACUUUUUUUUCUCUUUUUUGAAAAAGUGGUGACUCAGUCUUCAUGACUGGUUGAGGCCAUGAAGGUUGGUAUUUUUUAAUUAUUUUUCAUAAAUUCAUUGAUAAAUUCAUCUGUUGGUUUCGUCUGGAUGGGAGCUUUUUUUUUCUCAACUACAUCUGUUAGGUUGUAAUGCAUGAUUUCAUUUUUUUAUCUUAUGUCGUAGUCCAUGUGUUAAUCAUUUCCUGGUUAGGUGAUAUCAAUGGCCCAUAAGCAGCAUUGAUGACACCUGACUGGCAUGGAUUCCACAUUUUUUCUUUCUGGAUAGAUAUUUAUAGUUCCAAUCAAUAACGCUGUCCUAGAAUUUGUAUACAUGGGGCAAUUGCUUAUAUAUCAUGUCCAAUUCACACUAUUUUCACCUUCAAAAGGUUAUUUUUUUAUUGUCAUUUCCUAUGCCUUGUUUCAUGGUUCUCUGAAAAUGUUGUGCAUUGGGAGUGAACAGUGAUCCAUAUUUAACUGAGAAACAGCAGGUUCCACUGGUGGCUGAAAUUACCUUUUACCUCACACCAGACCACCCUCUUCUAUCUCAUUCUGUGGUUUUUUCCUGUCUAGCCAGCAGGAGCCCUGCUACUUAGUCGUCUCAGUCAUGUACCACUGUUAUCCUCAUGAUACAUGCUGGGAGACAAUACAUUCUUCAGUUACUGACUUGUUGCGUGGGUUGUAAGAAAAUGGACUGCCAGAGAAGCCUUGUUAUCUUUCUGAGAAGACUCUUACAAUUGUCAUUGGAUUAAUCCUUGGAAAAAUUACUAGAGCUAUUUUUUAAAGACUACAUUGACAAACCAUCUCAUGCAUUGUUGUACAAGGAAUAAAUCUUUUGUGGUCUUGGUCAUUAAAAGUCAUUUGUUGUGUUUUCCUCCUUUGGGAGAGGUUCUGCACACCUUUUAUGCUUCAUCUCAUCGAGAAAUGUCUUUUCCUCAUUGUAUUGAAGAGUUCCAUCAUUUUUCCCCCUCAUCACUUAGUUAUAAUAUGUGUUUUGCAGUACAAAAGUGGUGGACGCCAAACAUGCAAAGAAUUAAUUUUUUAUGCUUCAACAUACUUUGCUUGUGAUGCCUAUUGCUUCAUCUUGUAAUAUUUCCUUUGCAUAUUCUGUAUUGUAUGAACUAUUAUUUGCGUGCAAGUUUGAGAGAAUGCAUUUCUCUCUUUAUCAAAUGGAUUUGAUCAUAUCCGAAAUGUCUUUUGACUUUGGGCUGUUUUCAGGUAGGAAGCUUGCGGGAUGUUGGACUUAUUCAAGGGGGAUCAAUUGACAAUGCCAUAGUUUGCAGGUAGAAUUACAGAGUGUAGUUCAUUAAUCAAUGUUUCACCGAAUAUCGUGCCUUGCCAACAUUUUCCUUUCUAUUAAAUGUAAGUUCCUUGGAUAGUUCUUUAUGUCACAUUUCUCAGAAUGAUGGCAAUGUCUUCUGAAUUCUGUUGACAUUAGGUUAUUAAACUUGAUGUUUUGCUCUGUUAUGGUAGAAAUUUAUGGAUGUCAUGAAACGCUGGAAACAGUGGAGCCAGAUGAUGGAUUAGAACUUGGUAAGAUGUUCUUGAAUAUUUCCAAAAUUAACGCGCAAAGCUUUGAGGUAGAAAUGGAGGCCUUAUGCGAUAUUAUUCACGAAAUUUGUAAAACUCUAUGAGUGAAGUCUUGAUGGGAGUUACAUAAUUAGAGGGGGAGCGAAAAGCUCAAUUGUUAAAUAACACCGAUAGAAAAAUACACCAGAAGGCGAAGCAACAUCAUGAUGAUACAGGAGACAUUGUAUUCAUCCAACGUCUGGAUUACUUUCCUCAAACCUCUCUAAGUCAUCGUAGCUCUAUCUUCCUGGAGGUCCUUACCACAUCUUCCUUUCCGAGCCAAGUUUUGCUCAAGAGCGAAGCUGCUCUUAUGCAAAAAAAAUUGAAGUAAAACUAAAGCGAGAUACAAAUCUGUUUGGCAAUCCAAUUCAAGAUUUACUGAAUCCUGAAGAGAAUGGUCACGUCAGAAAAGCUUGAGCUUCAACUUGAUUUUAGAAGAAACUUGAGCAUGUGAAACAAUUGUGAACUCGAUUUAUGUUUUUCAUCCCACGUUUUUUAUGGCCCCUAAAACGAGGGUCAUCUGGUGGUUGAAAAACCUCAAGCAGCUUCAAAACUAAUACGAAUUUUCUUGAAUUUCAUUUUCUUUUCGAGUUCAUGCAGAGUAAUAUCAACACUUUGUGCUCUACAAUGACACAAGUAGAGAGUUUUGCAGGCACAGUUCAUUUCAGAGUAUUCUGUGCACAUCCCUAUCUGUGGGUUUUUUGGAUCUUUUGUCUUCUCCUAAAGUUGUCAGUCACUAAGUUGAACUGUGUAUUUAUGUUUUUUUUUCUACAAAAGGAGUUAGGGGCUGGGUCAAUGCAUUAAAUAAUAAGCAUGUGCUUAAGUUUUAUAAUGUAGAGAUUAAUUUAAAGCAUUUUUUCCUUUCAAAAUUCACUUUACAUCAGGGGGUAAGAGACUCAACAGUAAGAAACCAAUGAUAGCAAAUUAUCAACCUGAUGAUAGCAACCUAAUGACAGCAAAUCUACGAAUCUAAUGAUAGCAAAUUCUCACCUCGAUUGGUUGAUUCCACCAAUGUACAUCCAGUUCGCCAAAAAAGAAGAAGCCAAUUGAUCGGAUUUAUUUCACUCUUUUUCAUAUUCUUAUGCAUCUUUCUCCUGUCCUUAAAGCUAAUGAAGUGAGAAAUGUCAAGGGUUAAAUGUUCUAUUUUGCUUGUUUUCAAAACCAAGGAACUCUUUUUUUCUUAACCAAGAAAGCUCCCAUUAAUGUUAUGACCAGAGAACAUUAUUGAUAAACUAUUGUCUGUUUGUAAUAAUGCCUGAAUCAACCAAAAUGAAAGACUAAUGGGAUUAUGAUUAAACUUUUUAAAUCGGUUUACCUCCCUUAUGCGAUCAAUAUUUUUAUUUAAAUUAAAUGUGGAAGGGAGUUUUAAAUCGGCUAGAGUCUGCCAAUUGGGUACCAGUCAUGGUCAUUAUUUACCAGUAGACGCUAGUAAUGUUUCAAAUGUUGGCUGUGCCAAUAGAAGAAGAAAAACCUCAGAUGAGAUUGUUAUUUGGCGUUUCAAUGGUUGUUGCCCCAACACAGAUGAAUUCAAAGGUGUGUAGCCAUUGUGGUCAGAGGCCGAUGACAAUGCUUCAAUCGUGGGCUGCUCCGUGCCACCAGUACAUAGGACCUUUCAGGGAAAAUUUCUCAAGGCGUAUUGGAUGACCAACUCCUACUAUUGGAUGACGAGUCAUGUUGUUGGCUUUGAUUAGUCUUAUUUAUACAAAUUUCUAGGGGCUUGUGUUCUUUCGUUUCAUUUUUGUUACGAUGGCACUCCUGAACGUGGGUCAUGGUAGCUUUAAGGUUGCUGAUGGUUGUUGGUGUUCACACUGUGUAUUCUAGAGUGGGCAUGUGUGAGAUUCAUGUAUGGUUCCCAUAUUUUCCACAUUGCAUGUCUUAUGGAUGUGUUUUCAGUUAAAUGACUUAUUUUUAGUCCCCAUCUACAAAAUUGUUGUUAUCACCCACCAAUCUUCAUAGAAAGUAUGUGGGAAAAUAUCCUUUAUCAAAAAAAUCUCACGCAAAAAAUAAAAAUCUUAGGAAUAAUGGAAAUGCUGAGUCUGAUGCCAUCGGUGUAUUAGCAGAGUUAUUUGACACUCAUGUCUAUCUGAUUUGACUCAGACUUGUACGAACUUUAUUUAAUAUCAUCUUUUGUGGUCCAUUUGGUGAUGGGAAUAUUUGACCAACUUUUAUAUGGUUUCUAUGAACACUGUAUUUGCGGCUACAGUUCCAUCCUUUUCUGCAUUAAUUACGCUGUGCUUGGUAUUUAUGGUUUAAUUUACAUUAAUAAAGUUUACUAGCUGUAUCUUAGGGUAUAAUCGUUGAAUGUUCAGAGAAAAUAGUCCCCUAAUUAGUUCAGUAUGAGUUGUUGUCCUGUCUCUCGAUCUGAAUAAUACCAAAAGCAGCUUAUUCGCAGUUCCUCUGAGUCUGCUCUGAUACUUGGAUAAUCUUCCAGUGGAAUUGCAUAGAUUUUCUCCUGAUCACCAUUGACUUUUUUUUAUUAUUAUUAUUAUUCUUGGAAAUGGAAUGCUAACAUCCAUUGGAUUCUUUAUCAGAUCGUGGACAGCAGUUUCACUCGCUGUUCACCAUUUGGCAGCCCUUCUAGGGAAAUGACCUUUUGAUCUUCAUUUUGUGAUGGGGAAUAGUUCCUUUUUUAGUUUCUUGAGACGUUUCUCUUUGUUGCACAUGUAAAACAAAGCCAAUGAUUGAUUAUCUGGCUGACCCGAUUAUUUACAGCAUUAUAACCCACUAUUCCUUGUGCAGCUCUUCUGCAGGUUGGAUAAAUCCACCACUACGUUUUCAAGACGAGCCAUGCCGUCACAAGGUUCUGGAUCUAAUAGGGGACUUAUCUCUACUAUCAGAGAAUGGAAACCAGGGGCUUCCUAUUGCCCAUUUACUUGCUUAUAAGGUCUUCAUCUUGACCCUUGUUUUUCUUUAUUAUUAUUAUUAAUAAUAAUAAUUUCAAAUAUAUUAUCUUGCAUAGAUUUUUCCACUUGCAUCGAUGGCUAAGCUAUGAAAUGAUCAUGAAUUGGACCAGAUAUGGUAUUGAGAUAUUCCAAUUCAAGAAAGAUUCGUGUCUUACAACUCAGGUCCCCUUGCUAAAUUCCUCUUGACGAAAUUUCUACAGCAUUCUCUGAAUGCUUUCAGGGAGCGAUGUAUCAGUCGCAGAGUAGAAAUAAGAACUUGAUUCCCAUAAAUAUUCUUUGGAGAGGUUCACUAAGAAGAAGGUUGGUGAUCAUCCCCGCUCUCCAGAUGUUCUUCCUCAGAUGGCCUUGAAUCGGCUUUCUCAAAUGCUUCCAAUGGUGUAAUACAAUAGCUCUAGACUAUCCAAGACCCUCUCUCUUGAAAUUUUCAUUCCCCAUUGCAGAAGUUGCCAUAAUCCUCCCUAGGGCUGUUUUCAAUCUUGUGGUAGAUUUUUGUUAUCAGACGGGAUCUUCUUCUAGCCACUGGGGACUCCAAUAGGUGAGAAAAGUCAACUGUUUUGGCUGCAGCAUGGUAGCCAGGAAGAGGAUAAGUUAACCGGGGUGCUAGAACGUUGACCCGACAUAAUCCAUGUUCAUCAUCCCUGAUGCAGGUUCAUCCCUCCCACUGAAAUUUUCAUUCCUUAUAACAGAAGCUGAUAUAAUCCUCCCAAGGGCUGUUUCCAAUCUUGUGGGAAGAUUUGUGUUAUUAGAGGCACUGGGGAGACUCCAAUAGGUGAAAGAGGUCAACUGUUUUAGCCAGGAAGAGGAUAAGUCAACCGGGGGUGCUAGAACGUUGACCCGACAAUCUAUGUUCACCAUCCCUUAUGUAGGUUAUGUGGUUCGCAUAUACCAUGAAAGAGCUCUGAUGGUAGCCAUAUUUAUUGUUUAUUCAGCGCCAGAGGUUCAGUAAAUCUGCUUGAUUCAUUUCUGAUGCAGGCUGGCCAUGCCCUACACGCCAGAUUCACAUCCCAUCUCAAGGAUCUUCUGAUCCGGCACGAGCGAACGGCGAACCAGAGCACCUGCAGCUACCCCGGUGCUUGA